GCAUUUUCGAAAAUCUACAGUGGAAUUUCCAGACGCCAUUUUAGGUAUGGAAAGAUCUAGAAGAAAUUUUUAUAUUGCGAUUUAAUAAGCUAGUGCUUGGCUGAAGAUGGCACGGGCGAGAAGUCCAUCUGAUGAUUGCAUGGCAGAAAAUGCAAAUAUGGAAUCGCUGUUUAUCAACAUUAGAGACGAAAUAAACAACAGCACGGGAAUUCUUCUCAAGGAACUUAAACCGAAACAAGGUUCUGUGGAAACACAAUCGGAACCAAUAAGUAGGGCCAAGUUGAAAUUUAUGAAACGCUGUACUGGAAUCAAACUUAUUUCAUCAGUGCUAAACAACAAUAACAGUGAAUGGAUGGAGUAUGACACAUUGGAUACAAUACUAAAACAAAAUGUGAAGGAAUGCGGUUAUAAAUCAUUUGAAGAGGUGUCGGGUAUGGCAUUGAAUGAUUUCAUAAUAUCUGAGUCUGAAAAUUUUCAAUAUAAAAAAAUUCCAAAGAGUUGCAAAAAAAAAGUCAAAAUGAGAAUAAGAAGAAUCAACCAAAAUGCUCCAAGCAAUGAAAAAAAUCAAAGUUUUACAUCAAAAUCAAAAGCAAAUGAUCAAGAUAUUAUAAGUGAUAAUGAAACAGAGCUAAAAAGGACAUUAGAUGACGAACACGAAUCUGAUGAACAAUACACAUCAAACGCGCUGGAAAAUCUACUCAAUCCAUCGCCAUCACUUCCUCCACACACCCCUCUAAAUGAACAAAAUGAAAUAAACGCCCUUGAUACUGAGUGCUUAACAAGAAUUGAGCACGACUGUGACAUUCCAGUUUGCAGCGCUAAUGCUAAGAAACCGGAAAAUUUGAUAAAUGAUCCGCAAGUGGAUGAAUUUUUGAAAGAUGUUAAUAAUUUUUCUGGAGAUAAUUUCGUUUUGAUGUGUGGUGAUGCCCCUGGUUCAUUUCAUAAUGUAGACGGCAUCGGAAUGGUACCCUGGGUAAUGGUGUUAGACUUUGAUCCGUUAAGCCAGAAAAAUGGCUUACUUAACAUGGUUAGACCAGUUAUUAGUUCUCAACGCAGCCUUAAAGUAUCACAACUUGGGGAACCAGUUGAUAAUCCGUCAGAAAUGGCUACGCAAUGGUGCCUUCUGAGUGAUGAACCUACUAUUGCUCAUUCCCAAAAAGAUCAAAGUGAACCAGAAGUUGUUGAUUCAAACGUGUGGUUUAAAGAACACAAACGAGAAAUUGAGAUCCCAAUAGACAAGCUCGAAACAUUUACAAAUGAUUCAAGAACUAUAACUUUGAUUUUAUUGUGGCCUCAGAAACAACAACUUGGAGGAAGAAUCAUUGAAGUCUUAACGAAAUUAAAUUAUAGUUUAAGAUAUACACCAAAGGUAGUGUUGUGCUUGAAACCCGACGAGAUAAACACAUUCCGCACAUCGUUUCACUACAUGUUCAUGAAGGACAAAUUUAAAGACAAUUUACACAUAUAUCAGCUAGAGCUAUGCAGUCUUAGUUCUUCUUUGAAGAGAGUAUUAAACGUCCAAGAAACUAAAGAUUUUUUCCAGCUACCAAAUGGCACUAAACUUUCGUCUACCAACGCUGCUUGGCUUUCAGAGGAUAUAGAAGUUUUGUAUGUGAAUAAGCCCUUUACAAGUAAGUUGUAUACAGAUGAUGAGGCACCCGCUAUUAUAGAACAGUUUUAUAAAGGUGGUACAAUUGAAUGGCCGUUCUGGUAUAAUGAAUUGAUUCGCGAAUCUGUUGUUGAACGAACAAUUCAGAAAGAAUUUGAGAUGAAACUCAAACAACGUCUUAACGAGAUAAAAUCAUCGUACAUGACCUUGUACCAUGCCCCUGGGUCAGGGGGUUCAACUUUGGCACAGUCUGUUAUGUGGAGUUUGCAUCAUGAAUAUUUGUGUGUACAAUUGAGGUUUCAUCCAGCUUUCAAGGAAAACGAGUUUGAAAGACGAAUGUCUUUUUUACAUAAACAGUCCGGACUUCCAAUUCUUCUGCUAGUUGAGUCUGAUAUGGAAUCAAAACCUUUAGCUAUAUAUAAACGAUUGCCAAGUACAACGGUUCUUUUUGUGGACAGAUACCAAUACCAUAUUGAUUCAAUUGUAGAUGAUAACUUCGUUUUUUCUUCUGGGGCAGUAACAAAAAGAGAGGCACAGCUACUAUGCUUUAAACUUUCAUCGAAAUGUAGUGAUGCUCAGAAAAAACAACUGGAAAGGCUGAGGGACAAGGUAAAGAAAGGUAAAAGACAUCUAAUGUAUGAGUUUGGGAUGGCCGUUUUUCAACACGAAUUUAAAGGUAUUGUUUCAUUUGUUAAAGGCCAUUUAAAGUUCCGAAAAGAUGAUGUUUUAAGACUAACACCCGAGCAGACAUUCGUUGGAUUCUUAGCAAUAGCUUACUUUUAUGGUCACACAAGUAUCCCUUUCCAAUUUUUCGCAAAUCUGCUUGAAAACACAAUGGGUGAAAAUGUCGAUGUGAUCACAAUUCCAAACAACAUUGCAGAAAUGGUUAUUGCCGAUACUAACACACACAGAAAAGGCAAUAUAAGAAUUCGUCACUGGCUUGUUUCAAAAGAAAUUUUAGAACAACUACUGACGCGACAGAUUUCAGAGUCAAAGUGUUCGUCAAGAGGAAGCGAGCUUAGCAUUUCUGCUCGCAAUCAGUUGUUUGAUUUAUCUCGUGAUUUUAUUGAAUAUGCAGCUUCCCAGUACAACAGAUCACCAAAUGUGUUGUCCAUUCUAAUAAAAACAUUUAUAAUAAGAGAAAGAAAUCAGAGCACGGAUACAAAACCAAAACAAAGGUCUCUUAUGGCAAGACUUUUGACUGAUAUACCACAUGAUCCGCCCCUGUUUACACAGUCUCUUCAAUUGUUCGAACUUCUUGUGAAAUUAUUUCCUUGGAAUCCAAGUUUUCACGCUCAUUUGGGUCGAUUUUACGCUUACUGCAGAAGUGAAUUUGCUUCAUCACAAAAAUGUUUUGAAGAGGCUCUGAAGCUGUGUGCUGACCAAACUGAAUGUAAAGAGAAACAUGAGUUAGAUAAUGGUUUUCGCGUGGAAGUAAUGCACAUAUAUCAUAUGUAUGGUUCUUACAAGUCUAAAUGUCUAAGAGCAAAUAUCGAUUGUGAUAAAAUGAGCGUAAAUGAAAUUGUUUCCUGUACAGUUGAAGCAUGCAAAUAUUUUGAGCUGAGUAGAGAUAUAGCUCCCGAAAGUCGCUUGAUGGAGGGAUUUGAAUUCACAGAUGAAAUCAACGUCAUGUUAUUAGCAAUUGAAAGAGUCCAGGGACUUUUAGGACAGGAGCUAUUUAACAAGACCGUGGAAAACCAAAGGACUGUCACAUUUCUAGCACAAUGCAUGGAACAGAUACCAUUUUUGAUCAGGAGAUGUUGCUUAACAGUUGACAACCUACACGCAGAAGUUGUAUCACAUCUCUGCACGCAAGAACGUAAAUACAACAGUUUCUUUCAAGAACAACAAAUCCAUUCCAUCCAGUUACAUUCCAGAUUAGAUUUAGUUACCAGGAGAAGACUUCAAAUUCAGGCAAAGUCAAUGUCACCUUCGCUUAACAAAGCUAUCCCUGAAAUAUUGAAGCUUUACCAAGAAAAUUUCAAAGAAACGAUGAUUAGAAAAGAUGAGCUCACCCAAGCUCAAAUGGAACAUAUUGAACAUGACUUCUUGGAAUGGUUGAACCUGAUUCGACAUAAUGAAUGUCAUUCGAUUUACACCAUUGAAGAUGUUUUGUUGCAGGCAAAAAAGUGGAAUGAAAUAACAUCUUCAAAACUCUCGCAAUUCUACAUUUUUAUUUGCUACAGUCUGCUAGGAUUUGGUACAGACGGCAUUGGGAGAGAAAAUUGCAUUGAUGAAGCUCUCAGAAUAUUAAAGAGGCUUAAACAAAAUGACGAUAACCAAAAGUCACAGUUAAACCAAAACGAGUGGUUGGUGGACACAGGCAAAGGAAUCAAACGGCUUAAAUCAGAUGUUAGUCCAUCAAGGUUUGUACACAGCUCUUUUCGAAACAAUAACAUCAUGCACAGCUUGAGCGUAUGUAAGGGAACUAUAGCUCAACCAAAUUCAAGCAAACGAUCCGGAAAAAUAAAAAUAGACUUGCCUGUUAGAAGGAAAGUGCUCGUUCAUUUUGUUCCCGUUUUAAACAAUCUUGAAGGGCAACAUUUUGCAGGACAACGUGUAGAGUUUAACUUGCUGUUUAGCGCACGGAAAGGGUACGAGGCUCGCAAUAUACAGUUAUUGAGUCAUCAUGCUUGUUUGGCAUGCCACAUGAACUUGGAAUUCACAAGUACGCAGGAAGUGUUGCAUUGCGACUGCGGUAAUCCAGUCAUAAAGGAUCGAUUUAACUGGACAUACGGUCGACCAAUUAACUAGAUAUUAUUGCAGUAAAAAUCAAGAAGACUAAGAUGGGACAAAUUUGCAAACCUGCGAUAUAUUGUAAAUUGUGGAUUCAGCCAAGAUAACAUUUGUGUUAUUGUGUUAAUGAAAUCGAUAUAAACCAUGUCAUCAUUAGGGUGUGGCCAGUUCUGACGCGAGGGCUAUGAAUUCAUAUUAGAUGGGAGAUAUUUAUUCUGUAUUAGCCUAUUUUGUUGCAUUCUUUGUUAUAGAAAAAAUACGUGUUUUCUGUUGGGAGAUAAAUAUUACACUUAUGCCUUUUGCAAAUAUUUUGUCGAUGUAUUUUUAAUUAAGCUCAAUUUAUUUGAACAAAAACUGUUGAUGACAAACCAACGAUGUCAAAUAGUUCACAAAUAAGCACUGGGCCUUAUGGUGUUAAAUAAAACAGUUUUCAGUUAUAGUGCAAAUUACAGGUGAUGUGUAUAGGUAUAGCCACUUUUGUAGGUUUUCUUUAAACAGUCCGGGGUUCAAAACACUUCUAACAUAUUAUUUUUAUAACAUUGCAUUAGAAGGUUACCAGUAAAUACAAAAUGCAAAUGAAGGUCAGCUGUUCUUUAUACAAUGGCCGCAUAUUAAAUAAGAACCAUGGGAAAGCAACGAAACCCGGUUUAUUUGUUUUAGUAAUUGAUAAUUUUAAAAUAAUUGUGUAAUCCCAUGCUAGAGCUGCAUGUAAGCUUCAUAGGCACAAAAUGUCUCAAAAAGUGUAUAUUAAAAAUGUGCCACCCAAGCUGUAGCCACUCUUGAUCCUUGGGGUACGAUUUGAGCGAACUUUGUAGAGGAUCACAAUCUUAUGUAACAUACCAAAUAUCAAAGCUGUGGAUGUUGCUUUUUCAGAGAAGAACAUAUUUACAGUUAUUUUACUUAGUCUAUACAAAACAGCUCACACACUCCUGCUAAGCGUGGUCAAUUUUGACCCCAAGAACAUAUCACUUAAAUGCGGGUCUGUGAGAACAGUGUCUAGUGUAUGAUAAAAAUAAAUAUUAGCUUGAAAUAUCACAAAAUGUUAACAAUUUAUGUCUUGUGUUAAAUUGUGUAUUAUUUAGCGUCAAAACCUGCUACUGAACGAGAAAAGGAUAUAGGUUUAUUAUGGAUUUACUGCAUUGUUGUGUAAUUUUAUAUUCCAAUGCUGUAUUUCAUCUAUAUGUGUGUUCAGAUUAGAUAUAUACAUGUAUUUCAUUGUUUCAACUUAUUUUUAUAAAUAGUCAUCAACACAAUCCAAAAUGCAAUUAUUGUGAAAUAACUAACACUAAGAUGCUAUGUAUUAUAUAAAAGCAUGUAGAAAAAGUAAUUGGAAUGUUAAACAUAUACAAAAUACACUCUACAUAAUAACAAUUGUAUUUGAUUUUUUUUAUGACAAUUUACAAACCAUCAUAUUGUACAUACAUUUAGUCACAUAAAAGUCUAUCUGGAAAAGACUAUAAACACGCAUAUAAAUAGCCAUAAAUAAUAAAUGCCCACAAAUAAAAUCCACACAUUGUAUCUCAUGUAAAAUAAUUGUAUUAUGGUCAAAUCUCAGAGUUGAAUAAUAAACAAAUUAACCAUCUUGUAUACAUGUACAAACUAAUAUCAUUUGGACUGAAUUUUGGCAGCAAGAUUUAUCACUGACAUUUUUAUUCAAAUGUAAAAUGUUUAUGUAUUUUUGUAAUUAUGAUUUUUUCAUGUAUAUUUUGUGUUUUAAUUUAGAUUGUUUAUCAAAUGUUCUGGUGUUUUGCAUUGAACACACAUGAUUUCAUGCAUGUACAUCUAUACAUUUUGUUUAUUUUGAACAGCAACACAUUUUGUGGACAGUCUUGUCUUCUUUAUUAAUUUUGGUACACACAUUUUAAGGAAAAAAAGUGUUAAAUUGGAAAAUAAUAACAAUAUUGUAUAAAUGUACCAAUUUUUCAUUUUUUUUACUGAUUUGGCAGCAAGAUUUAUCACUCAUAUUUUUAUUCAAAUGUAAUAUGUUUAUUAAUUUAAGUAAUUAUGUUUUCUUACUGUAUAUUUUGUGUUUUAAUUUGAAUUGUACAUUAAAUGUUCUAGUGUUUUGCAUAAAACACACAUAACUACAUGCAUGACAUCUAUACAUGUAUAUUUUUUUAUUUAGUUUUUGAACAGCUACACAUUUUGUGGACAGUCUUGACUUCUUUUUUAAUUUUGGUACACACAUUUUAUGGAAAAAAACAAGUAUAGCAACUGCAAAGUAAACUGCACCGAGUCUUUAAAUAUACUUCCUUACUCUGCUCAAUUCAAUCCAGCACAAUCAAUAAAAAAACAUCACAACAUCAUUCCAAACUAUGUUCAAACAUGUGAUGGGAUAUUGUUUUGCGAGUCAUGCCACUAUGUAAAUCUACAAUGUAUCUCUUUAGUACAACUUGAAGUAUUAAAAGUGUUGGUUUUCAUUGAUGUUGUCAGUGCAUAGGUAAAAUCGUACACAGUUUAGUUUAAACAAUGGAUGGUAAUGAUGUGUUUGUUAUAAUGUGCAAAAAAAAAAUUGUUUCCAUUAAAUGUAUGUAUCAAUUAAAAUAUGCCUGGCAUCAAAUCACUCUUUCUUCGCACAAGUGAUGUAACCCCUAGGCAUCUUAAUUUCUUGCCGAGGGUUAUUCACCUACAAACUAUGAGCUACAAGUAUUCUUUCUCAAGUAAUUGUAAAUGUUAAAUGCACAAAUAUACAAUCCACACAUUGAAUCUCAUUUCAAAUAAUUAUAUUGUUUUAAUGUCAGUGUAAAAUUGACAAAUUAUAACCAUAUUGUAUAUAUGUACCAACUAUUGACAUUUCCUUGUACUGAAUUUUUAGCAGCAAGAUUUAUCACUCACAUUUUUAUUCAAAUGUAAAAUGUUUAUGUAUUUUAGUAAUUAUGUUUUCUUAAUGUAUAUUUUGUGUUUUAAUUUGAAUUGUAUACCAAAUGUUCUGGAGUUUUCCAUAAAACACACAUUGCAUGCAUUUACAUCUAUACAUGUUUAUUUUUUACAAACAGUAAUACAUUUGCUGGACAGUCUUGUCUUUUUUUUAAAUUUUGGUACACACAUUUUAAGAAAGAAAACAAAACAAGUAUAGCAAAGUAAACUGCACUGGGUCGUUUAAUAUACUUUCUUACUCAGCUUCAUUCAUUACAGCAUAAUCAAUAUAAACAUCACAACAUAAUUCCAAAAUAUGAAAACACAGUUCACACAUGUGGUGUGAUAUUGUUAUAUGAGUCAUGUCUCGAUGUAUAUUUACAAUGUAUCUCUAUAGUACACGCUUGAAGUAUUACAAGUGUUUGGUCUUCAAUGGUGUUAUCAGUGCAUUGGUAAAAUCAUACACUGUUUAGUUUAAACAAUGGAUGGUAAUGAUUUUUUUGUUAUAUUGUUCAAGAAAUAGUGUUUCCAUUAAAUGUAUGUAUGAAUUAAAUGAUGCAUGGCAUCAAAUCACUCUUUCUUCGCACAAGAGAUGUAACCCCUACGCAUCUUAAUUUCUGGCCGUGGGUUACUCACCUUCAAACAAUGAGCUACAGUACUCUUUCUCAAAUAAUUGUAAAUGUUAAAAUCACAUAUAUAAAAUCCACACAUUGUAUCUCAUUUAAAAUAAUUAUAUUGUUUACAAUUUCUGUGUUAAAUUGAAAAAUAAUUACCAUAUUGUAUAAAUGUACCAACUAUUUUCAUUUUCUUGUACUGAUUUGGCAGCAAGAUUUAUCACUCACAUUUUUUUUCAAAUAAAAAAUGUUUAUAUAUUUUAGUAAUUAUGAUUUCUUAAUGUAUUUUUUGUUUUUUAAUUUGAAUUGUAUAGCGAAUGUGCUGGUGCUUUGCAUAAAACACACGUGAUUGCAUGCAUGUAUAUCUAUACAUUUAUUUUUUAUUUAUUUAUUUUUCAACAGUAACACAUUUUGUGGACAGUCUUGAAUUCUUUAUUUAUUUUGGUACGCACCUUUUAAUGGAAAAACAAGUAUAGCACCUGUAAGUAAACAGCACUGAGUCUUUUAAUAUACUUUCUUACUCAGCUAAAUUCAUUUCAGCACAAUCAAUAUAAACAUCACAACAUCAUUCCAAAAUAUGAAAACACAGUUCAAACAUGUAUAUUGUUUAAAUUUCAGUGUUAAUUUGAAAAAUUGUAAAAAUAUUGUAUAAAUGUACCAUCCAUUAUCAUUUUCUUGUACUGAAUUUUCGGCAGCAAGAUUUAUCACUCACAUUUUUAUUCAAAUGUAAAAUGUUUAUGUAUUUUUGUAAUUAUGAUUUCUUAAUGAAUGUUUUGUGUUUUAAUUUAAAUCUGUUUAUCAAAUGUUCUGGUGUUUUGCAUUGAACACACAUGAUUUCAUGCAUGUACAUCUAUACAUUUUGUUUAUUUUGAACAGCAACACAUUUUGUGGACAGUCUUGUCUUCUUUAUUAAUUUUGGUACACACAUUUUAAGGAAAAAAGUGUUAAAUUGGAAAAUAAUAACAAUAUUGUAUAAAUGUACCAAUUUUUCAUUUUUUUUACUGAUUUGGCAGCAAGAUUUAUCACUCAUAUUUUUAUUCAAAUGUAAUAUGUUUAUUAAUUUAAGUAAUUAUGUUUUCUUACUGUAUAUUUUGUGUUUUAAUUUGAAUUGUACAUUAAAUGUUCUAGUGUUUUGCAUAAAACACACAUAACUACAUGCAUGACAUCUAUACAUGUAUAUUUUUUUUAUUUAGUUUUUGAACAGCUACACAUUUUGUGGACAGUCUUGACUUUUUUUUUUAAUUUUGGUACACACAUUUUAUGGAAAAAAACAAGUAUAGCAACUGCAAAGUAAACUGCACCGAGUCUUUAAAUAUACUUCCUUACUCUGCUCAAUUCAAUCCAGCACAAUCAAUAAAAAAACAUCACAACAUCAUUCCAAACUAUGUUCAAACAUGUGAUGGGAUAUUGUUUUGCGAGUCAUGCCACUAUGUAAAUCUACAAUGUAUCUCUUUAGUACAACUUGAAGUAUUAAAAGUGUUGGUUUUCAUUGAUGUUGUCAGUGCAUAGGUAAAAUCGUACACAGUUUAGUUUAAACAAUGGAUGGUAAUGAUGUGUUUGUUAUAAUGUGCAAAAAAAAAAUUGUUUCCAUUAAAUGUAUGUAUCAAUUAAAAUAUGCCUGGCAUCAAAUCACUCUUUCUUCGCACAAGUGAUGUAACCCCUAGGCAUCUUAAUUUCUUGCCGAGGGUUAUUCACCUACAAACUAUGAGCUACAAGUAUUCUUUCUCAAUUAAUUGUAAAUGUUAAAUGCACAUAUAUACAAUCCACACAUUGUAUCUCAUUUCAAAUAAUUAUAUUGUUUUAAUGUCAGUGUAAAAUUGACAAAUUAUAACCAUAUUGUAUAUAUGUACCAACUAUUGACAUUUCCUUGUACUGAAUUUUUGGCAGCAAGAUUUAUCACCCACAUUUUUAUUCAAAUGUAAAAUGUUUAUGUAUUUUAGUAAUUAUGUGUUCUUAAUGUAUAUUUUGUGUUUUAAUUUGAAUUGUAUACCAAAUGUUCUGGAGUUUUCCAUAAAACACACAUUGCAUGCAUUUACAUCUUUACAUGUUUAUUUUUUACAAACAGUAAUACAUUUGCUGGACAGUCUUGUCUUUUUUUUAAUUUUUGGUACACACAUUUUAAGAAAGAAAACAAAACAAGUAUAGCAAAGUAAACUGCACUGGGUCGUUUAAUAUACUUUCUUACUCAGCUUCAUUCAUUACAGCAUAAUCAAUAUAAACAUCACAACAUAAUUCCAAAAUAUGAAAACACAGUUCACACAUGUGGUGUGAUAUUGUUAUAUGAGUCAUGUCUCGAUGUAUAUUUACAAUGUAUCUCUAUAGUACACGCUUGAAGUAUUACAAGUGUUUGGUCUUCAAUGGUGUUAUCAGUGCAUUGGUAAAAUCAUACACUGUUUAGUUUAAACAAUGGAUGGUAAUGAUUUUUUUGUUAUAUUGUUCAAGAAAUAGUGUUUCCAUUAAAUGUAUGUAUGAAUUAAAUGAUGCAUGACAUCAAAUCACUCUUUCUUCGCACAAGAGAUGUAACCCCUACGCAUCUUAAUUUCUGGCCGUGGGUUACUCACCUUCAAACAAUGAGCUACAGUACUCUUUCUCAAAUAAUUGUAAAUGUUAAAAUCACAUAUAUAAAAUCCACACAUUGUAUCUCAUUUAAAAUAAUUAUAUUGUUUACAAUUUCUGUGUUAAAUUGAAAAAUAAUUACCAUAUUGUAUAAAUGUACCAACUAUUUUCAUUUUCUUGUACUGAUUUGGCAGCAAGAUUUAUCACUCACAUUUUUUUUCAAAUAAAAAAUGUUUAUAUAUUUUAGUAAUUAUGAUUUCUUAAUGUAUUUUUUGUUUUUUAAUUUGAAUUGUAUAUCGAAUGUGCUGGUGCUUUGCAUAAAACACACGUGAUUGCAUGCAUGUAUAUCUAUACAUUUAUUUUUUAUUUAUUUAUUUUUCAACAGUAACACAUUUUGUGGACAGUCUUGAAUUCUUUAUUUAUUUUGGUACGCACCUUUUAAUGGAAAAACAAGUAUAGCACCUGUAAGUAAACAGCACUGAGUCUUUUAAUAUACUUUCUUACUCAGCUAAAUUCAUUUCAGCACAAUCAAUAUAAACAUCACAACAUCAUUCCAAAAUAUGAUAACACAGUUCAAACAUGUUGUGUGAUAUUGUUUUGUGAGUGAUGCCACUAUGUAAAUCUACAAUGUUUCUAUAUGGUACAAACUUAAAGUAUUAAAAGUGUUGGUUUUCAUUGAUGUUAUCAGUGCAUAUGUAAAAUCAUACACAGUUUAGUUUAAACAAUGGAUAGUGAUGAUGUUACUGUUAUAUUGUACAAGAAAUAGUGUUUCCAUUAAUUGUAUGUAUCAAUUAAAUGAUGCAUGGCAUCAUAUCAUUCUUUCUUCACACAACUGAUGUAACCCCUACGAAUCUUAAUUUCUGGAAGUGGGUUAUUCACAUACAAACUAUGAGUUUCAAGUAUUCUUUCUCAAUCAAUUGUAAAUGUUAAAUGCACAUAUGUACAAUCCACACAUUGUGUCUCAUUUCAAAUAAUUAUAUUGUUUAAAUUUCAGUGUUUAAUUCAAAAUAAUAGCCAUAUUGUAUAAAUGUACCAACUAUUUUCAUUUUCUUUUACUGAUUUGGCAGCAAGAUUUAUCACUCACAUUUUUAUUCAAAUGUAAAAUGUUUAUGUAUUUAAGUAAUAAUGUUUUCCUAAUGAAUAUUUUGUUUUAUUUUGAAUUGUUUAUCAAAUGUUCUAGAGUUUUGCAUAGAACACACAUAAUCCUUUGCAUGUACAUCUAUACAUGUAUAUUUUAUUUAUUUAGUUUUUGAACAGCGACAUAUUUAAUUUUGUGGACAGUCUUGUCUUCUUUAUUAAUUUUGGUACACACAUUUUAAGGAAACACAAGUAUAGCAACAUGCAAAGUAAACUGCACGGAGUCUUUAAAUAAAUGUAACUUCCUUACUCAACUCGAUACAAUCCAGCACAAUCACUAUAGUAUAGUAUAAACAUCACAACAUAAUUCCAAACAAUGAAAACACAGUUCAAACAUGUUGUGUGAUAUUGUUUUGUGAGUCAUGCCACUAUGUAAAUCUACAAUGUGGCACUUUAGUACAAACUUGAAGUAUUAAAAGUGUUGGUUUUCAUUGAUGCAAUCAGUGUAUUGAUAAAUUCAUACAUUGUUUAGUUUAAACAAUGGAUGUCGAUGGUGUUUUGUUUGAUUGCACAUCAAAUGGUGUUUUCAUUAACAUAUGUAUCCAUUAAAUGAUGCAUGGCAUCAAAUCACUCUUCCUUCGCACAAGUGAUUUAAUGCCUUUGCAUCUUAAUUUCUGGCCAUGGAUAAUUUGCCUAAAAACUUUUGGAGUACAAGUACUAUUUCUCAAUUAAUUGUAAGGUUCAAUGCACAUAUAUAAAAUCCACACAUGUUUCUCAUUUAAAAUAAUUAUAUUGUUUAAAUUUCAGUGUUAAUUUGAAAAAUUGUACCAUCCAAUAUAGAAUAUUGUAUAAAUGUACCAUCCAUUAUCAUUUUCUUGUACUGAAUUUUUGGCAGCAAGAUUUAUCACUCACAUUUUUAUUCAAAUGUAAAAUGUUUAUGUAUUUUUGUAAUUAUGAUUACUUCAUGAAUAUUUUGUGUUUUAAUUUAAAUAUGUUUAUCAAAUGUUCUGGUGUUUUGCAUUGAACACACAUGAUUUCAUGCAUGUACAUCUAUACAUGUAUAUUUUAUUUAUUUAGUUUUUGAACAGCUACACAUUUUGUGGACAGUCUUGUCUUCUUUAUUUAAUUUUGGUACACACAUUUCAAGGAAAAACAAGUAUAGCAACUGCAAAGUAAACUUCACAGGGUCUUUAAAUAUACUUCUUAACUCAGCUCGAUUCAUUCCAGCACAAUCAAUAAAAACAUCACAACAUCAUUCCAAACUAUGAAAACACAGUUCAAACAUGUGGUGUGAUAUUGUUUUGCGAGUCAUUGGACGAUGUUAAUUUACAAUGUAUCUCUAUAGUACAAACAUGAAGUAUUAUAAGUGUUUGGUCUUCAUUGAUGUUAUCAGUGCAUUGGUAAAUCAUACACUGUUUAGUUUAAAAAUUGAUGGUAAUGAUGUUUUUGUUUUUAUUGUUCAACAAAAAGUGUUUCCAUUACAUGUAUGUAUCAAUUAAAUGAUGCAUGGCAUCAAAUCCUUCUUUCUUUGCACAAGUGAUGUAACUCUUACGCAUCGUAAUUUCUGACCGUGGGUUAUUCACCUACUAACUAUAAGCUACAAGUAAUCUUUCUCAAUUAAUUGUAAAUGCAAACAUUGUAUCUCACUUAAAAUUAUAGUAUUUUUUAAAUUUCAGUAUUAAAUUCAAAAUAAUAGCCAUAUUGAAAACAUGUACCAACUAUUUUCAUUUUCUUUUAUUGAUUUGGCAGCAAGAUUUAUCACUCAAAUUUUUAUUCAAAUGUAAAAUGUUUAUGUAUUUAAUUAUGUUUUCUUAAUGUAUAUUUUGUUUUAAUUUGAAGUGUAUAUCAAAUGUUCUGGUGUUUUGCAUAAAACACAAAUAAUUGCAUGCAUGUACAUCUAUACAUGUAGAUUUUAUGUAUUUAGUUUUUGAACAGCGACACAUUUUGUGGACAGUCAUGUCUUCUUAAUUAAUUUUGGUAUAUACAUUUUAAUGAAAAAUCAAGUAUAGCAAAGUAAACUGCACUGAGUCUUAAAUAUACUUUCUUUCCCAGCUCAAUUCAUUUCAGCACAAUCAAGAUAAACAUCACAACAGAAUUCUAAACAAUGUUUAAUGUGAUAUUGUUUUGUGCGUCAUGCCACUAUAUAAAUGUACAAUUUAUUUCUAUAGUACAAACUUGAAGUAUUAAACAAUGAAUGGUAA